AUGCAGGAUGCAAUUGCAGCAGUACGGAGUGGUAUGAGUAGGAAAGCAGCUAGUAUAAAAUACAAGGUUCCAAGGACAACCCUUUUGGAGAGAAUUAGCGGAAAACAUACAAGCAAAGUUGGCCAUCCGACGGUAUUGACAAAAGAAGAGGAAAGUUUAAUUAGUGAAACACUCGGAACUGUUAGUGACCAGAAGUGA